AUGUGGCGAGGGCUCCUUUUGACAACCACUUUCCUCCUUUCUCCACUUCCGGUAAAUUCUAUAAAAGAACUCCCUGGAGUGAAAAACUAUGAAGUGGUUUAUCCCAGAAGACUUCAUCCACUACAUAAAAGAGAGGUCAAGGAUCCAGGUCAACAGGAAAAAUUUGAAACUGAAUUGAAGUAUGAAAUGACAGUUAAUGGAAAAAUCGCAGUGCUUUACUUGAAGAAAAACAAGGGUCUCCUUGCACCAGGCUACACGGAAACAUAUUAUAAUUCCACUGGAAAGGAGGUCACCACGAGCCCACAGAUCAUGGAUGACUGUUAUUACCAAGGACACAUCAUUAAUGAAAAAGUUUCUGAUGCUAGUAUCAGCACAUGUAGGGGUCUAAGGGGUUACUUCAGUCAGGGAGAUCAAAAGUACUUCAUUGAACCUUUAAGCCCCACAAAUCAGGAUGAACAGGAACAUGCACUCUUCAAGCACGAUCCUGAUGAACAGAAGACUAACAGCAACUGUGGGAUGGAUGACAUGUUAUGGGUACCUGAAAUUCAUCAGAAUGCAGUCCCAUCGGCCACCAGACUUGUUAAAUCCAAAGACCAGAAGGCUUGGGAACAAAAUAAAUACAUAGAAUAUUUUUUGGUCCUGGAUAGUGGUGAGUUUAAAAAGUACAAUCAAGAUCAAGAGGAAAUAAGAAAGAGGGUGUUUGAGAUGGUCAAUUACAUCAACAUGCUUUAUAAAAAGCUCAAUACUCAUGUUGCCUUAAUUGGGAUGGAAAUCUGGAAUGACAAGGAUAAGAUAAAGAUAUCCCCCAAUGCAAGCCUCACCUUGGAAAAUUUUGCCAAAUGGAGGGGGGGUGUCCUCCUAAGAAGAAAGCGUCAUGAUGUUGCUCAGUUAAUCACGGCAAGUGAAUUUUCUGGAACAACUGUGGGCCUUGCUUUCACGUCUACAAUGUGCUCUCCGUAUCAUUCUGUUGGCAUUGUUCAGGACCACAGUCACAACAUGCUUAGCGUUGCAGGGACCAUGGCCCAUGAAAUGGGCCAUAACUUUGGAAUGUUUCAUGACACCUAUGCUUGCAAGUGCCCUUCUACAGUAUGUGUGAUGGACAGAGCACUAAGCUUCUACAUACCUACGGACUUCAGUUCCUGCAGCCGUGUCAGCUACGAAAAAUUCUUGGAAGAUAAAUUAUCCAAUUGCCUCCUUAACGUUCCGCUGCCUACAGAUAUCAUAUCCACCCCGAUCUGUGGGAACCAGUUGAUAGAAAUGGGAGAAGACUGUGACUGUGGGACCCCCGAGGAAUGUACCAACAUUUGCUGUGAUGCAAAAACAUGUAAAAUCAAAGCAAAUUUUCAAUGUGCAGUAGGGAAAUGCUGUGAAAAAUGCCUGUUUAAAAAGGCUGGUGAGGUGUGCCGACCAGCAAAAGAUGAGUGUGACCUGCUCGAAAUGUGUGAUGGCAAAUCUGGUCUUUGCCCCGAUGAUCGAUUCCAAGUCAAUGGCUUCCCUUGCCAAAAUGGGAAGGGUUACUGCUUGAUGGGGAUGUGCCCCACCCUGGAGGAGCAGUGCACCGAGCUAUGGGGACCAGGAACCCAGGUUGCAGAUAAGUCAUGUUUUAGCAGGAAUGAAGGUGGGUCAAGUUACGGGUACUGUCGAAAAGUGGAUGACACACGCAUCCCCUGUAAAGCAAAUGAUGCCAUGUGUGGGAAGUUGUUCUGUAAUGGUGGGUCAGAUUAUCUGCUCUGGAAAGGACGUAUAAUAACGUUCCUGACGUGUAAAACAUUUGAACCUGAAGACAGCAGUCAAGAAAUCAGCAUAGUAGCCAAUGGAACCAAGUGUGGAGAGAAUAAGGUUUGCAUUAAUGCAGAAUGUAUGGAUGUCAAAAGAGCUUACCAAUCGGCCAAUUGCUCCUCUAAGUGCAAAGAACAUGCUGUGUGUGACCACGAGCUCCAAUGUCAGUGUAAAGAAGGAUGGGCCCCUCCUGAUUGCGAUGGUUCUUCCAUGGUCUUCAAUUUCUCCAUUGUGGUUGGGGUGCUGUUCCCUGUGGCCGUCAUAUUUGUGGUGGUUGCUAUAGUAACCCGAUACCAAAGCACCAGAGGAAAGCAGAAGGAAGUCCAGAGGCCACUGUCUACCACUGACGCCGGGCCACACAAGCAGAAGAGGAAACCACAGAUGGCGAAGGCUGUUCAAUCCCAAGAGAUGAAGCUUGACACACCUGACCUUCCGGCAGAGGAGGAUGCGCCUCCAGCUUCUGUUCUAAUUACGAAGCCAGAUUUUUCUCCACCGCCGAUUCCUACAUCUGUGUCAUUCUCUUUCCUUCAUAAAGACACAAAAAGACUUUCCUCUACUGUUUUCAAGGAUAAGCCAAUGUCUACACUUAAGGGCUCCAAUCCAAAAGUCUGA